CUCUCUCUCUCCUUCCCUCUCUCUCUCUACCUCUGCCAAUCUCUCUCUCCCUCCCUCCACCAAUCUCUUGUUUCCACACACUUUCCCCCACGCCUCUCCCUUGUACGUGAGUGAGUGUGUGAGUGUGUGAGAGGGAGAAGACAGACGUGCUGGUGUUGACAUGGCGAGUGUGUGGCGUGCGGUGUGUGUUCUCCUCUGUCUCAGCGCGUGUGUGUGGGACCGAGUGUGUGUGGACGCAGAAGAGGAGAUCCCAGAGGAGAAUGACGUCCUGCGACUCAAGAAGAGCACCUUUGACCAGGCCCUCAAACGCUACCCCAAACUCCUCGUGCACUUCUAUGCACCACUGUCAGGCGAGUCCAUGAGUUCCAUCAUGGAGUUCUCAAAGGCCUCUGCCCAGCUGAAGGAGACGACAAGCACCAUUACACUGGCCGGAGUGGACGUGUCCAAGGAGAAGGAGUUGGCAGCGCAGCUCAACGUCACGGCCAUCCCUUCCAUACGCCUGUACCUGUCGGCUGACAAACACAACCCUGUACACUGCCCUGCUCUCAGAGACGCUGACGCCAUCCUGACCUGGCUAAAGAGGAGAGAGGGCCCCAGUGCUGAUGUCAUCGAGGGCCUCGGCCAAUUAAAGGACUUCAGCGAGUCACAUGAUCUGGCAGUGCUGGGACUGUUUAAGGACCUUGAACAGGGGAUGGUCCAGGUCCUCUUCUCUGUUGCAGCUGAGGUGGCGGAUCUCCCGUUUGGAGUCACACACAGCAGUGAUGUCUACACACACUACAACAUCAACACAGACUGUGUGUUACUGCUCAAAAAGGGUAAGCUGGACAGUAAGCUAGAGAUGAGUGAUGACAUCACUGCAGAGGCUCUGACUGACUUCAUCAGAAUCCACGAGUUUGACCUGGUCAUGGAGUACAAUGGAAAGACCGCUCCUCAGAUCCUGAACUCUGUGGUGAAGAAUCACCUGGUGCUCUUCAUCAACAAGACGGAGGAGAGCUUCACACACACACUCAGCGAGUUCCACAACACGGCCACACACUUCCGGGGUCAGGUCCUGUGUGUGUUGAUUGACACUGAUGAGCCGCGUAACGGCCGUGUGAUGGAGUUCUUCCGGGUCCGGUUCGAGGAGGCUCCGCUCGUGCGCAUGGUCAACCUGACGGAUGGACGACAGUACCAGCUGCACUCACACACCGUGGACACACACACCCUCACACACUUCACCCAGCAGUACCUGGAGCACAAGGCCAAGCCCAGACUGCAGAGUGAGCCUAUUCCAGAAGAAUGGGACAAGCAGCCUGUGAAGGAGCUGGUGGGACUGAACUUUGAACCCGUCGCCUUCAACGAGAACAACAAUGUCUUGGUGCUUUUCUAUGCACCGUGGAGUGAGGAGAGCCGCGCCCUUUUCCCGCUGUGGGAGGAGCUUGCGCAGCGCUACCGUAACCAUGACAACGUGGUGAUCGCCAGGAUCGAUGUGACGGCCAACGAUGUCAACAUCAGACUACAGGAGAAGCCCCCGUCAAUCAAAAUCUUCCCUGCUGUUUAUGCAGAAAGGGUCAUCCACUACACUGGGGAUCGGACAGCAGAUGCUGUGGUGGAGUUUGUGCAACAGGAGAUGAAGAGAGCAAAGAAGGACAAAGCCAAGGAGGACAGGGAGAGGAAGAAGUACAUUGAAAAAGUCAAAGCACAAGAAGCAGCUGAGAAGAAAGAUGAACUUUGACCUCUCUAUCACACACACUCACACACACACACACACACACACACACACACUUAAAGACACAUUCAUAAUACCAAUAUAAACUACCUAAACACAUACUACCUACGGAAAAACACAAACCUUUAAACACACACAUAUCAACAAUACAAAAACUACACACACACACACACACACACACACACACACACACACGAGGAGAUGAAAGAAUCUUUCUGUUACUCAGCCAGGUGGCAUGUGAUUGGUCAGAGAUGACACUUGUUUGUGAUUGGUCAGAGGUUUAACACUGGGCUGUGACUGGCCAGUGAUGAUUAAACUUGAUAAACCCCAGAUUA